UCCCGCGGCGCCCCCCGGCCGCACCCCCGCGCGCAACUCGCGGCCCGAGCCAUGGUGCUGGGCGGAUCCGGGGCUCGGCCAAGCUGAGGCGGCGACGCCCGCCCACGCUGUGCACCCGCCGGCGCUUGGCUCUCACGAUGAUGAAGAAGAAGAAGUUUAAGUUUAAGGUGGACUUCGAGCUCGAGGAGCUCUCCUCGGUGCCCUUCGUCAACGGGGUCCUUUUCUGCAAGAUGCGGCUGCUGGACGGCGGCAGCUUCACCGCGGAGUCGUCCAGGGAAGUGGUGCAAGCAAACUGCGUUCACUGGAGAAAGAAGUUCUCAUUUAUGUGCAAAAUGAGUGCAAGUGCCGCUACAGGCAUUCUAGACCCUUGUAUCUACAGAGUGUCUGUAAGGAAGGAAUUAAAAGGUGGGAAAGCUUAUGCAAAGCUGGGCUUUGCAGAUCUAAACCUGGCAGAGUUUGCUGGAUCAGGAAAUACCACUCGUCGCUGUUUACUGGAAGGCUAUGAUACCAAAAAUACAAGACAGGAUAAUUCCAUUCUUAAAGUUUUGAUCAGUAUGCAACUGAUGUCUGGUGACCCAUGUUUUAAAACGCCUCCUUCUACAUCAAUGUCUAUACCAAUUGCCGGUGAAUCUGAGUCUCUGGAAGAAGACAGAAAAGGUGGAGAGACCCUCAAAGUCCACCUUGGAAUAGCAGCUGGGUGCAGUGGUGCACACCUGCAAACCCAGAACCCUGGGAGGCUGAGGCAGGAAGAUUAUCUUUCAGCAAAGAGUACCUCUGUUCCCGAUGAAUUGGGUGCCUAUGGACAUUCCAGAACAUCAAGCUAUGCAAGCCAGCAGUCGAAAGUAUCAGGCUAUAGCUCGUGUCAUUCCCGGUCAUCUAGUUUCUCUGAGUUCUGCCACAGGAGAAAUACCUCAGUGGGGAGUACAUCAACAGGAAUUGAAAGUAUUCUAGAGCCUUGUGAUGAAAUGGAGCAAAAAAUACCUGAACCAAAUCUUGAUACUGCUGAUAAGGAAGAUGCAGCCUCUGAAAAACUCAACAGAUGCCCAGUGAAACAGAAUUCUGUAGAAUCUCAGCUGAAGCGAGUUGAUGACACCAGAGUGGAUGCAGAUGAUAUUGUGGAGAAAAUAUUACAAAGUCAAGACUUCACCCUAGACUCCAGUGCGGAAGAAGAAGGACUGAGGUUAUUUGUGGGUCCUGGGGGAAGCACCACCUUUGGCAGUCAUCAUCUUCCAAAUAGGGUGGGGUCUGGAGCUUAUGAACAAGUUGUGAUCAAACGCUAGAAGUCAAGCCAGUGAAGGAGGCAUCCCUGUGGAUUUAAGGUGUGGGCAAUUAGUGUAUCAAGGCAUUUCGGUGAAGCACUUAAGAGAAAAUGUACAUAUUUUAUGAUUUUUGUUUUUUAAACGGGUCUAACUUUGCAGUUCAGGCUGGCCUUGAACUCACUGUGUAGCCCAGGCUGGCUUUGAACUCACAGCUAUCCUUCUGCCUCAGCCUCCCAAGUGUCGGGAUUACCGUGUACACCACGCCCAGCUAAGAGAAAAUGUACCUAUUUUUAAAAGUGAAGUUCAUCUGUUAAGAGGGAAGCUGACACCAAUUUCUUCUCCAAAAGCACCCGUCACUGGUCACUGGGAACAACUGUCUGCAUGGUGGUCUCAAAGCAGCGUCCAGUGCAGGCCCUGGAAGCAUGCUGCUCCUGGGGUCACUGGACACGGUCGUGGAAAGUCUGCUUUUACUUUCCCCAGUGGGGAAAAAAGCAUCAGACACAUCUGAGUAUAAUUUUAGUAUUCAAGUGUAAAAUCUGUGACAGAAGUGCUGAACAGAUUUGGACUCUACGAUUUUUAAUUUUACAUUAAAAAGAUAAUAGGUAAGUAUAAUUUAAACCCUAUAAAAUCUUUGUCAGGACAGUUGUGAAUCCUGUGAAGGAAACUUUCCAUACUAUAGUACCUACACUAUUGUACUAAGUCUAUUAACUCCCUUUGAUGCAAUAAUUGAUAUAAAGUAUAGGAAAAUGUUAUACUGUAAUAUGUAAAAUGCUUAAUAAUAAUUCUAAAUGUAUCAGUCAUAAAGCAAAUGACCAGUGUGUUUAAGUCUGAGAAAAAUGAAUGGAUGUGAUACUGUUAUUAUAUAAUACACAGUAUAUUGUUACUUGACAUUAAUAUCAGAUGAGCUGCAGAACCACUAGCACUAUCUAAGAGAUUCAAAAUAAGUUUAAUUUUCAACAUGUUGGGCUACCAUAAGGCACCCUAACAGACAAACUAUUUUAAUUCACUGAAUAUUAAGAUCUGCUGGUUUCAGCACAAAUUAGAACAAGAGGGAAGUUGUGAUAUGAUCAGAAACAGAACAUCCUUCUCUAUGCAAAUUUAGACUUAUCUGAAACUGAAACUGACUCUGACACGGUAGUGGACAGAAGAUAGGGAAUGGCUCUUUGACAUUACUGAUGGAGAAGGACUCGUGGUUUUCUAUUUUAGCCUCCUGAGAUCAGAUACUGUUUUCUUUCUCACAGUGUGGGAAGUUGGUUGUUUUGAGGCAAGAGUAGGCUAUAACAUACAUAAAUAUAGCUUUUAAAACAGAAUUAUUUCGUGUAGGUAUUUUCAUGUUGAUAAAAUAAAAUUAUUAAAAUAGAAAUUAUUUUAAUAUUGAAACGCAAGGAUUUGAAAAAAUUCGAAUAGUUCAUGUUAGGGCUUACUUUUUUGUUUUUUGUACUGGAGAUCAAACUAGGGACCUUGUGCUUGCCAGGCAAGCAGUGGAACCACUGAGCUAAAUCCCCAGCCCAAUUCAAUAUUAUCUUUAUAACUAUAUUCUGAAACUACUGUAUUAAAAAGAUGGCACCCUGUUUCAGAAUGUUUUUAAUAUUAAAAGAGAGGGUUUUAUGAGUCUUUAGUUCCAUACACCUUUUUGAAGGUAUGUGGUGCUGGAGACUGAACCUAGGAUCUCACACUCAACUACAUCCCCCACCCCUUUUUUUAUUUUUUGUUUCGAGUCCAACUCUUACGAGUUGCCCAGGCUGGCCUGAACUUAGAAUCCUCCUCCUCCCCCUGCCUUCUGACUAGCUGAGAUUACAGGUGUCCACCACCACAUUUAUGGCUUUUUACUUUUUAAGAUAUAUUUUGAAGAAAGGACAGGUACCUGAACAUUCUGGUCUUCUCAAGGAAAAGAGCUAAAGACAUGCUGUCUUCAGAUGAACUGGUCCACUCAUUUUGUAUUAUGCAAAGAAUCAAAGUCUUAAGCAGAAAUGUAAAGAUAUUGUUUAGAGAAAUCAAUGACAUUUUUUAAAACAUUUUUUUAUUUUCAAAAUAUUGUUUCUAGGCUAUAUUUUUUAUUGGGACUUCUGCAAAUGAUUUUGCAUUUUUAAAUAUAAAACUACAGUAGAUUGUAGGCAAGGUUCAGUGAGGACACUCAUCAGACAUAUAAAAGGUACUGUAUUCAGGGCAGUGCCCCCCUUCACCAACUUUUGACUACCCCUGGCCCUUUAUCUUUAUACGAGAUUAGUUCUUGGUAUUUAAAAUGGUAUGGAACUCCUCCAUGAGCCAAAAACAACAAAACCCUCUCCUCCUUUAAGAAAUGUGGUACAAAAUUUUUUUUAAAAGUGAAGAGAUUUUUGAAAAGCAUAAAAGUCAUGCCUUCAUAAUUUUAGCAGCCACCAAGUACAUCUUGAUCUAUAUAGUAGUAAGUGUAAAAAAUAUUUUAAUGGAAACAUUGACUAGGAAGAAAAAAGAACAGCUGUGUCCUCUAUAGUCAGAGAAAGUGUGCAUUCCUUUUAUUGUUACUCCACUGGGAUACUUUGCAUUCACAUUUCAGUCCAGUCCUGUAAAGUAUUUGUCUGCCUGAUUUUCUAGUUUGUUAAUCUCUUAACCAUGUAGCUAUUGAAAGAAGCUGCUUACUAAUUACCAAGUCCACUUUUGAUUUUUUAAGUGAAGAAAAUUGGACUUCAAAAAAUAAAUUCUUGAUUAAUUUUUGAAAAUACAGACUGUAAAUGGUCCCAUCGUGGAGAAUUUGUAAAUAUGUAACUCUUCCUAAUUUUAUUCUAAAGAAACAGACUAAUGGGAGUUUAAGGCUACAUGUUGGUGAUGAGAUAAGGAAGAGCCUUAAACACUUAGGUAAAAGCACAGCCGUCAGGAGGCCCUCUUCCUGUGACAUGACUUGGUGGCUGAGACCAGAUAGGAGGUGAAGGGCAGGGCAGGCCCGGAGCUAUCAGUUUACACUUAAAUGGUUGGCCCCUCUUUGUGGUGUUUUUGCAGGCUUCUGAAUACAAACGACUGAUGUGGAUUAGUACCACAUGAUCUGCUAAAGUCUUGACCAACAAUCCUAAACUCCAUUUCCCAUUCUAACACAAAAUUAUCAGAACAACAUCCAAACUACCUUUUUCUGGAUAUACACAGAGCCACAGAGGUUGACCAUUAACCCCUUUGUUGCUAGAAUGGAAAAAUAUUUCCAACUAGCUUCCACUCAAAACAUAUUCAGCCAUUCAUGGUGGUACAUUCCUACAAUCCUCAGAAGGCUGAGGCAGGAGGAUCACCAUGAGUUCAAGCCCAGCCUGGGCUACAUAGUGAGACGCUGUCUCAAAAAAGAAAAAGAAGGGCUGGGGAUGUAGCCAGUGGCACUGCACCUGCCUGGCAAGUGCAAGGUCCUGAGUUUGAUCCCUGAUACCAAACAAAAAACAAAAAACAUACUCAAAUUCAGGCAGCAAUGACGUUUUAAUAAACAGGAACAUCCAUAAUAAUCUCAGACUUUCAGAUUUCCAUGCUAACCAAACCACUUUGUGAGCUAAAGCUGACAGUAUUAUUAUAUAUCUCACUGAAAUACUCUAAAAUGUGUUAAGCUUCCUGUAUGUAUAACAAAUGCCGGAGAGACAGGCUGGACUUAUAUGAUGGGGUUGUGUUGUAUUUUCUUAACAAGUCUUUAAUUUGGGAAGUUCAGAAAUCAUGCCUGGUCAGUUCCCUUAGACGGUAUGUCAUGUGAAAAUAAUCAAGUGUGUUAGUUCAAACUGUGUUCAACUGCUACUCAUAUGCUAGCUUAGGUGCUAUCAUAAUGUUAAUAGGCAGGCCGGAGAUUUAGCUCAGUGGUUUCGCCACCUGCUGCGCAAGUGCAAGGACCCAAGUUCGAUCCCCAGUAUCAAAAAAAAAAAACCAAAAACAUAAUGUUAAUAGCCAAGAUGUUAAAAAAUAUGAAAUCUAAAAUAUAAAGGUUGAACUAUUCCUGUAUUAAGCCUAUUUUAAGACUGCCCUGAAAAUGAAGGCCUUAUUCCCUUGAUUUUCAUAAAAUAAGGUAUACACAAUGUAUUUUAAAUGGUUGUGUGGGUAGUCUAGCUUACCUCUCCCCAUACAACAGAGAUGGUGCCGAAUAUAUUGUCUGUAAAUUAAAAAUUGUAUCAAUUACAGACACUAUAUUCUGUGUUUUUAAGUGUUUAUGGUUAUCUUAUGUAUAUAACAGAAAAUUCCCUUGCUGAUAAUUUCAUGCAAGGGAAGACAUUUAAAGUUAAUGCAGAUUUGGUUUUGGAAAUAUCUUAUUUGAGAUAUCACCUUCCUCUUGGUGUUUAUUUGCUCCUUUGGAAGUGUGUGUGUAAUCUUCCAAAUCAUGCAAAUAUUUAUGAAAAAUGUUAUUGGGUGCUGGGGGUGUGGCCCAGUGGUACAGCAUUAGCCUACCACAUGUGAGGCCCUGGGUUUGAUCCACAGCUCCUCCAAAUAUAUAUAGAGAGAAGUGAUUCCAUCAGUAUUCUGUUCUAAUACUUGGAGAAUGACCUUCAUAUUUAUAUAUAUUUCUUUGUUUCAACUAUACAAUGAUAAAUCCAGGAAAUGUCUCCUUUUUUUAACAAAAACAAAUGUUUUAUUUGUAAAGUGUUUGUAAUAAUGUAAAGGUGAUUAUAUAUGGUUAAUAAAAAUCAUAUCUUAAAAGUUUA